CUUUUCAGGUUUACAUCUGGACUGAGCUGCACAACCUGCUCCCCGUCUAAAUCUAGCCCUCAGCGUACAUCCACAGUCCUGCUUAACGUAUUUACAGCUGAAAGAUGAAUUAUCGGCUCUCUGCGAUUCUUUUGCAGCAGUGUAAUAGUUAAAUCAGUGCCGAAUGCGUUAUUUGAUGUGGCGUGUGGUGCCUAAGCUUGAACAGUCCUCUACAGUGAGAAGAUGGCGUCGGACGGAGCGAAAGGGGAGCAGCCACCUCCGCUACAAACACUGGUAACCACUGGCCAUGGAAGCGUCGAUGCGAAAUGCGAGCUGAACAUCGACAACCUGAGCAAACCAGAGCUCCUGACCCUUCUGAGCAUCAUGGAGGGAGAACUUGAGGCCAGAGAUCUGGUCAUUGAAGCUCUUAGGGCUCGUAGGAAAGAAGUGUUCCUGCAGGAGCAAUAUGGACAGUUCAGUCUGACGGACCCGUUCCUUGCCCUGCAGAGGGACUUUGAGUCAGGGACGGGGUCAAAGGACCGCAGACCUGUUAGCGCGAAUCCCAUUACUGUGCUGGAAGCUGUUAUGGCCCAUUGCCGUAAGAUGCAGGAGAGGAUGUCUGCCCAGCUCUCGGCUGCUGAGAGCAGACAGAAGAGGCUUGAAAUGGAGAAACUGCAGCUGCAGAGCCUGGAGCAGGAACACAGGAAGCUGUCGGCUCAGCUGAAGGAUGAGCGAGAGAAAAAUAAACACGUGGUGAUGUCACUGGUGCAUGAAUGCAAGCAGCUAGCUGCUCGUGUAGUCGAAGAGAACCAGCGCUUUGAGGAGCUCUCAUCCUGCACUGAGCAGGAAGGCCGCUCCGUGGGACGACUGGAGGAAGAACUGGCAUAUGAACGACGUCGUAGCCAACAGAUGGAAGCGGAGAUGGAGAAACAGCUGGCCGAGUUUGACACAGAGCGAGAGCAGCUACGGUCCAGGCUUAGCCGCGAGGAGAUGCGUGCUGAGGAGCUGCGAGCUGAAAGUGAGAAUCUCCGCCAGCAGGUGGAGCAACUAAGAACUGAGCGAUGCAAAGACGCCCCGCCACUGCCUCCUGCCCCAGUUAAACCCAAGACUGUGACAUCUGUGGCUGUGGGCACCGAGGCCACUGUCUGCAAGACUGCCUCCUCUCAGACAGAUGUACCUCUGGAAAAUGAAGGGGCUAAGAAGGUACCACUUUCCAUCCCCGUCAAGCCUACAGGUUCCACCUAUGCUAGCAUGAACCUACCUAAAACUUCCAGUGUGGGGCGGGGGCUACACCACGGGAGCUCUCAGGCAGAAAAUGGAGGAGAAGGCCAAACGCAUGCGCAUGGUUCACAUUCACCUGGUAUGUCUGCUACCUUGCCGACUGGGGUCAGUCCACGUGUCCAGGCGGCCCGUUACAAAUUCCAACCCUCUGCUUCGGAGCAGGACCAAAAUGGAACUGCAAACCAGAGCCCCCCUUCCCGCGAUCUGUCCCCCACAAAUCGAGACAACUUUGCAGCCAAACAGCAGGCCCGCCACACAGUCACACAAGUUCUCUCCCGCUUUACAAGCCCUCCAUCAGGGGGCCCCCCUGCAGCCCUUCGCCCUGGUCUGCCACACUCCGCAUCUGAGGGGGGACCAUUCACCGGGCGUUUGGGCCACCCCCAGAUGGGCCUUAAAUCACCAACUGUGGCCCGCAUUGACCGGGGUAACCCACCUCCCAUCCCACCAAAAAAACCAGGACUGUCCCAGACACCUUCCCCUCCACACCCACCAAUCAAAGUAGUAGGUGAAGCCAGCAGGUCCCCAGGAACAGGACUGGGGGUGGGCCUUGCCAAAUCAACUGCCACCCCUCAGCUUCCACCAAAGCCCUCUUUAGAUUUGGGCGGUACAAUCCCAGCCUUGACUGCGUCACAGGUGGGUGCUUCCUGUACUAGCUGGCCAUGGGGGUCGCAGCCGACAGCAGCAUGUGUGGAGUGUCCCCCUGUCACCACCUCCUCCACAGCUACCAUUGUCAGUAGCCCCUCCAUAAACCCACCUAGUCUUACGUUCCAUAGUCCCCAGCACCCGGGCAGCCCCCUGGCAGCAGCAUCAGGCUGGUGUCCCUCCAUAGUCCCCUCGCUAACCUGCGGUGACCCCGUCCCCCUGGAUGACGGGCAAACCCUUCUCCUCCAAGCUGCUUCCCAGGGAAAUGUCACUUUAUUGUCUAUGCUGCUUAACCAAGAUCCACUAUUGGAUAUUCAUCACCAUCAACAUGAGUUAACCUCUGCCUUGAUCUCUGCUGCUCUUAAUGGAUACACAGACUGCUUAAAUUUGCUGCUGGCUUCAGGGGCAUCUGCUGAUGCUGUUGAUGAAACAGGAUUUUCGCCGUUACAUGCCGCUGCUGAAAAUGGUCACCAUGGGUGUGUGAGAGCUCUUGUGAAAUGCGGAGCUGAUUUGGAGAGAGAAUGUUCGCAGGGAAUGACCCCUCUGUACCUGGCCUGUGAACAGGGACAUGUGGAGUGUGUGAAAGUUUUGCUAGACGCAGGAGCGGACUGUUCACAUGUCACGACUGACAACUGCACGGCUCUGCACGCUGCAGUUAGUUCAGGUCAUGUGGGCCCUCUGAAGCUCCUGCUACACCACCCAUCUCCUGAACCAGACCUGGGUCUCCCUGCAUCUCCUUCAGGCCCCAACCAGGAGCUCCAACACCCUGGCAUAACCAGGGCCAGUCAAAUUCUCAACCACAGUAACCAGGAUGGCUGGACUGCUGCCCAUUUUGCUGCAUCCAGGGGCUACAAGAAAUGCCUGGAGGUUUUGUGUAACCACAGUCAACAGGACAUGGAGAUGAGGGAUAAAUGCAAUCGCACCAUACAUGAUGUUGCCACAGAUGACUGCAAAGACCUACUAGAGAACCUGGAUUGGUACAUAGUGGUUGUACAGGUGCUCAUGAGCUCACCGGAGCGUCUUUGCCCUGUGGAUCUCCUAGAGGAUGGCUGCGCUGUUGGCAAAGUUACAAUUCAGCGCCAUACUAGCUGGGAAGGACUAACAGGAAGCUUGAGUCAUCUGCUGACCAGUCACCUCCAGCUAAUUUGUGGGAGCUGGGAACUGGAGGAAGCUCUGGGCAGGGCAGACACUUUGGGGCUCUCUUCUAACAGCAUGGCCUCUGUAGUUAUAGGUGAUGCUGUAUGGUUGCCAGGGCAGGAGCUGCCUCAGUCUCCUUGGGACCUCGUUCGGAAGCGUCUGAGUCGACGCAUUACCAUACAUCUUAAAGGUGGGCGUUGUAGCCAUUUCAUUCAGUGGUUGGUGAGGCUUUGGAAUGCAGUGAUAGUUCCACGGGUCGAGGAUGCUGUUAUAUCUAGAGUAACAGCCAAACGCUCUCCCUCCCAAAGACGGUCUCCCAACAACAAAGGUCUGAGCCCAGGUCAGAGGGCGGUAGUCAAAGCAGCUCUCAAUAUCCUGCUGAAUAAGGCUGUGCUGCAGGGCUGCCCGCUGCCCAGAACAGAGAUUGACAGGUUCUUACCAGAGUUCCAGGGAGGAUGUUUCCCUCUUUCCACCAUUGGCUCUGCCUACAGGAAAGGUGGCAGAAAAGGACGCGAUAAUGGCGCUUGGAGACGAGCCAAUACCAGUCCAAGGAAGAAAGGAAGCCCCGCCUCUGGGAGGAGCUCUAGCUGCUCUUUAAGAGAAGGAUCUCUGGCCAAUUCAAGCGCUCACUCAAUGAUAAAUGUCAAUCAUGCAAGACUCAGUGAAGGAGUUGCUGUGGGUCUGUCACUCUGCUCUGAUGAUGAGACGGAUCUCAUCAGAGAACUCCAGACCAUGUGCUCUAGCAAAUCUGAGCCAGACAUAAGCAAGAUUGCUCUUUUUAAAGAGGACUUCAUCAUGCUUCCAGACUCGAUUCCGCCCACUCCUCAGAGGAGUGAUGCCGAGGUCACGCAGCCCCAAACAUGCCCUGUAACAACAGAGUGCGCUGUGGAUAUGCCCCAUCCUCCACCACAGAAGAUCGACAGUAGUCACACUUCUCCUCAGCGAGUGACAAGGCCCAGAUCGCAUCUGCCCAUCCCCAGCAGCAGAGGGGCUCAGCAGGUGAACACCUCUAGCAGCAGUUCCCUUCAGAGUCACAGCAGCAGCCCUAGCAGAGCCUCCACGAGCAGCAGAGCAAGGCAGCCCCCAUCCCAUAACAACAGAAACAACUUCUCACAAGACGACAUCUGGUUCCUGGACCCCAGCUGUAAUGAAAACUACAGUAACCGUUGAUAGACACCUCCCACUGCCCUCCCUUUGCCCUCAGUCUUUUAUGUUGUGAAGUUUGGUUACUGGCAGCAUUUUAGUAUUUGUACAUGUUGUCCAUACUUGUUACACUAUAUUACAUUGUGUACUUUGGGACCAUAGUUUUAAUAUAUUCAACUGUUUAAGUAAAGAACUCUGAGGAAAAAAAAGUACGAUGAGCUAACAGGAGAAAGACUGCUUGAACGUUUUACAAUUUGCCUUUUAGGUCAAAUGUUUUGGAUCAAAGUAAGAGCUGGUAGUGUUUUUGCUCUUUAGUAUUUACAAUCAAUCAUGUUUUAUGUUUAAAUAAGUGAAAGUUUUAAAAACUGUCGAAAAUCAGGGUUUUACCAAAUAUGUGUAAAUAAGAACUGGGAACUUAAAUGUUGUAUAGAUUGGUGUGUGCGUGUGCGUGCGUGUGUGUGUGUGAUACUGCGCUUGUACAUUGGAGGACUUUUGAAGGGAAAAUGAGAAGUGUAUAUAUUGUUUGUAUUAUUAAAUUUUGGUUCAUAUUUUUUCACUCGUUUCCAAAUGAACUGAAUGUGGCAAUAAGUACCGCCAUUGCGAUCACAGGAUAUUUUGUUUUUGUCCAUUAAGCCAUAAUUGGUAUUUUCAAUUACUCUCAUGCGUGCUCAGUGACUGGCUUGAACUUUGACUUUGUGAAACCCAACUAUGAAAUCGGAAGCGGCGCGCAUUAACUUUUCGUUUGUCUUCUAUAUUGAACAUUUAGGAUAAACAAGUAUUAUUUUAAAGUCAGUAUUGUUCAUACUGAAGAGAUUAUAGUCGACCUCUGAUGUUUAAAUGUAUUAUAGUUGUCGGAUGAGGUUCAGAGAAGUUGUCCUGUUUCCUCCAAGCACAACAAUUAAAAAUGCACUAUCCUAGACAUCA